AUGGGAUAUACAUAUGCGAUUCUCGCUCUUCUCUUCCCAGCCUUGAUCCUCCUUCAUCUCCUCGUCGCUCCAUACACCAAAGUCGAGGAGUCGUUCCACGUCCAGGCCGUACAUGAUAUUUUGGCCAACGGGUUGCCAAAUGGCUUUAAUGACCUGAAUCUCAAUCGCACCGACUAUGACCAUUUCUCUUUCCCCGGGGCUGUUCCCCGGAGCGCUCUUGGCGCUAUGGCGCUCGCGAUGCUUUCGAAGCCUGUGAUCUUGUUGAAUGAGGGGAUCAACCGACAGAUAUUAGCUCGAGCUAUCCUGGGCCUACUCAAUGCCUCCUCCCUAGCAAUAUAUGCAAGAGGCCUGCGCCAUAGCUUCGGCCAGCUAACAGCCAUCUGGUAUAUCCUACUCCAAGCAAGCCAGUUCCACUUGAUAUUCUAUGCCUCAAGGCCAUUAUCAAACAUGUUCGCCUUCAGCAUCACAACACUAGCAAUGUUUCUGCUUCUCCCAGGCCCUCGUCCAACAUCAGACCAAAAGAAAUGCGGCUUAGCACUCGCGCUCCUCACCACGGCAGGCGUAGUCUUCCGCUCCGAGUUAGCCCUCCUAGUCGGAACCCAGACUCUCUUCCUGCUAGCAACAAGACGGAUCAACCUCCAACACACCAUCAUCGCGGGCCUAGUAGGCCUCACCACCGGGCUCGCCCUCACCAUCUAUCUCGACAGCACCUUCUGGCAACGCUUCCCCCUCUGGCCGGAGUUCGAAGCCUUCCGCUUCAACGUCCUAGCAGGCCAGUCCUCCGAAUGGGGUACCGAGCCAUGGUCCUUCUACUUCCUAAAUUCCCUCCCCCGCCUCCUCUCCAAUCCCCUCUCCUACCUCCUCGCCAUCCCCGUCGCACUACGCCAACCCGCCACGCGCUCCCCCGCCCUGGCACUUCUCAUCCCGGCGCUUUCCUUCGUCGCCCUGUACAGCUUCCAGCCACACAAGGAAUGGCGCUUCAUCGUCUACAUCAUCCCCUCCCUGACGGCAGUAGCAGCCCUCGGCGCCGCAUAUCUCUGGACGCACCGCUCGCGCUCUGUUUUCGCCCGACUGGCGACACGCGCCCUGGCCAUUACGACACUCGCCACCUUCUGUCUGUCAAAUCUCGUGCUCCUUCCUGCGUCUGCGGCAAAUUACCCCGGUGGGCAGGCUCUCGACGCCAUGCAUUAUCAACACUCUGUCCUCCACGAUACGGGCUUGCGUUCUGAGAAGAGCAGCGCGCCGAUCAAUGUCUACUUAGGUAACCUCGCCUGCCAAACGGGCGUAACGCGCUUCGUGCAACAACACCCUUCGUCGGGGUGGGUAUACGACAAAACCGAAGACAAGACUGUGAAAGCCACUAGUGGGUUCUGGGAGCCGUUCGAUUAUGUUGUUGUCGAGGCGGGUGAUCAGGCCGGGUUCAUGGAUGCUGAUGAGAGCAGUCUCCGGCGUGCGCUCCCUGCUUCGGACUGGGAGAGGGUGCUUGUGGUAGAUUCGUUUGCGGGGGUCUCGAUCUUGAAGCCUGGGACUCCUGCUACGGGAACUGCUGAGCGCCGUGUUAUCGGUGCUGUUGCUGGUGUGCGUGCUGUUGGUUUGUUUGAGGGUCUGCGCGAGUAUAUGAGGAGUGCUUUGUUGCGUGGGUGGUGGGUUGAGGUUAAGAUGAGACCGAGGGUUCAGGUGUUGAGGCGGGUGAGGGAGGGAUCUAAUGUUUAG